AACAACAUCUAGUUUUGUAUUUUAUUUCAAAAAAUUGUUUUUUAUAAAAAGUCAAAAUGUCUUCCCCUUCCCCAGGACCUCUCUAUGGGGAAGAGAAAGAUUCUCUUUUUUCUUCAGAAGAGGCAGACGAUUUGACUUUAUUUGAAGUUGCUGAAGAAAGAUCAGAGGAUAGACUAAUAGACUACAGUGAAAAAGACUUAAACACUUUAGUGUCGUACGUGAAAGACAUAACCUGUUUGUACGGUUUACAAAAAUCCGAUUGGACAAAGACAAAUGAAGCCGUGAUCAAACAUUGGUUUCGCGAUGUGACCCUACCCGUUUUGAGCAUAUAUUUCGUGGACAUUAAUUUGCAAUGCACGAUCGGUUUGCCUGACGGGCCCUACCAAAUUGACUUGAUGUAUUUCAUGAGAGAACAAAGCGAAGCAUUUACGGUAACCGAUUUUCACGAUAAAGUGCUUUUCGGGAAUGUCAGUGACGAUAUUGACGGUACGAUGUUGAUGAUUGUUCGAGAUAUUUACGGUCCGAUGCUUUUGUGCAACGAAAAGUGGCCAGACAGCGUAAAGAACGAAUUUUGCCAAAAUCUCCAAAUGUUUCUCGCCCGAGUUACCGAUCUGCAUUACAAACUGUACGGUUUGACCGUAUUGUACGUGCCUCAAGAAGUCAUUUUGAUACCUCUAAACGAAGCGAGCGGCGAUAAAGAACUCAUAAAGAGAUUGGAAGGCAUUGUUGUGUAUUGGACCAAACAAAUUCGAGUGGGUCUUCAGGAUCAAGACCAAUUUACGCCCGAAGAUUUAUUGUGUCCCAAAGACGAAUUUGAGUUUUGGAAAUAUCGAUAUGAAAAUUUGCUAGGACUGGACUACCAACUGUCCAACGAAGGCAUCCUGCACAUUUGCGACAUCCUCCAAUCUGUCCAAUCGACCUACGUGCGUCAAUUCAAAACAUUUGCCGGGGAAAUCGUAAAAAAUAUCGAAGAAUCUAAAUCGAAUAUCGAAUAUCUAAACAUCUUGGUCGAGCCCUGUCAAACGUUGUUCGAAAUAACCGAUCCCAGAAGCAUGCCCGAUAAAAUUCCGAAAAUCAUUCAGCUGAUUCGCUACCUUUGGCUGGAAAGUCCCUAUUACAAUACCAAAGAAAAAAUCACGCAGUUAUUUAGAGCGUUGAGCAAUCAAGUGAUAUUGCAGUGCAAGAAGUUUAUCGAUUUGAACAUCGUGUUCAAAAACAAGGAGACCAGGAGAGCUAUAGCAAUGUUCCAAAACUGUAUAGAUGCUUUGAUGGAGUACAUCAGGGUUUACAUAUUGAUUUCGAAGAGCCACGAAACCUGCAGCGACGUCCCGUGGAAUUUGGAUCGCGGUCCCAUAUUUAAUCAUGUCGAUUCCUUCAUCAAGAGAUGCAACGAUAUGAUUGAAGUGUGCGAAGUGAUGAUUUGUUUCGGUCGUUACGACGAAACCGAACAAAUUCCUAAACCAAUGUUUGGCGGUUCGAAAGGCGAAGAUUUCGAUAAAUGGGCCGAACGAAUCGAAGCUAUGUUUCACGAGGCCUUGGCUGACAUCGAAGUGGUGAGUUAUAGAAUUUUAGAAGUGACCGCGUCUCAAUGGUACGAUGACAUAUUAAAAUUCAGAACAAGAUUGAAGGAUAUCGAAGUGGUAAUUGAAAAUUUGACAAAUGCUGUUUUCGAAUCUGUUGCUAAUGUUGAAGAGGGUAUUGAAGCUUUGGCUGCACUCCACAAUUACACCAAAAGAAAAACGCUGUUGACUUUAUUUGAAGGAAAAACAACCAGUGUUUAUCGUAUGUUCAGAGAAGAAAUACUAGAAGCGAAACAAGAUUUACAAACUGAAGCAGAGAUUCAUCCGAAUUUGACACCGUAUUAUGCAGGAAGAGCGCAUAUGAUUAGGAUGAAGAAGAACAGAUUGAGGAUGCUCAGAGCAUUAUUUCAAGAAGCAGGUUGGAUGAUGCCGUGCAGCAUAGGCAAAGACAUUUUCGCGCAGUUCGAGAAACUAUUCAAAUCUAUCGACGACAGCAUUUUGAACUUAUACAGAAAAUGGGUCGACACCAUUGGCGAGGACGUUAACUCCAGAUUGAAUAGACCGCUGAUGUGCAGAAGUAAAACGCAUCCGGGUUUGUUGGAAUGCAAUAUAGACAAAUCCGUUCUGGAUAUAUUUCACGAGGCGAAUUAUUGGUCGUUUUUGAAGUACGAGGUACCGAUGUACCUAAAAAAUAUAUAUUCGAAACAGGAAACCAUUAAAUUGAUGUACGAAUGUGUGCUAAAUGUCGUUUUGAACUACAACAAGAUCAUAACGUCUUUAUCUGACGAAGAACGGGUUUUAUUCAAGCCGUUGAUUUUGGUCGUAGAGAAGAAGAUAGCACCAGGUUUGUCUAGAUUGACUUGGUCCGCUGAUAUCGGAGACGAGUACACCACGGAUUGCUUUAAUAACACAGCAGAGUUGCAGACAUUUUUGGACGACUACAAGGCGUGCAACAUGAAAAUAUUGGCCAUAAGCGAAAAAAUUUGCGACACUCCGAUGAUAGUGCUGAAAGCAAAUUACGCCUACGACAGUCAGGAAUUGGUGGAGGAAUUGACUGACAGCAUGGGUAAUUCGGUCAAUCAAUUCAUCGAGUGGUACCAAGAGAUUGCCGAAUUUAUGAUACUCGUUUUCGAAGGAUUCGAAGCCAACAUUGGAAAUAUGGCGACAGAAUGGAUGAGAUACGUAAACAAUUUUGAUACGUUAAUUGAAGAAGCUCUAAGAGUAACUUGUAGAAACACGUUGAGCAUAAUGUACGAGGCCCUUCACGGGGACGGCACUACAGAACCCAAUCCUAUUAUAAAAUUGAGCGCCAAUUUAACAGAAAACAGGAUAAAAUUUAAACCAUCUUUAGCAGAAGUUGCGGCGUUAGUUUCAAACGUACACAAGGGGCUAGUGAACGCGUUGAAAGUUUUACCAAGGUUGAAUGAUAAAUUUCGUAUAGAAGGUUCCGAAACUUACAAAUCUUACAGCGAAAUAAUGUCUGAGGAUCUCAAGUGUCAGGAACUGCAGGUUUUGCUAAAUCAAGAAGUGAAAGUCAACGUCGACAAGAUAAAAGAGUACAUGAAAAACUGGGAACCGUUUCGCGAUCUUUGGGAAGUGGACAAAGACAAGUUCAUCGUCAGAUACGAAAAGGAGGAUCCCAGCGCGAUGUUGUUCGAUUCGAACAUCGCUCGUUACACCGAAAUGGCCAAUAACGUUAACAUUCAAGAAACCGUAUCGGCCGUUCACUUUACUCAAAUAAAUUGCGCCGAUUUGAAGCAAUCGAUUAUCGCCAAUUGUUUGGAAUGGCAGGAGAAGAUGUGCGCCUUGUUGCAGAGAAUGACCGAGAUGAAGAUUAAGGAUUUUUAUUCGUAUACGAAGACCAGUGCGGAAGAAAUAAUGAAAGAACCUACUAGUCUGGAAGAAAUGCAGAACGCUAUAAACCUCUUUGAGCUCUUGAAAGAGGAGAUUGCGUAUCGGGAGGAAAUCUUUCCGGCGAUUAGGGAACAAAUUUUGACUUUAGACAAAUAUAACGUUCCAGUUUCCGAACAUUUGAGAAUAUUGGAGAAAAAUAUACCGACCGAAUGGGGUGCUUAUUUGGAAGUAUUGGAAUCCGCCGAGAAAAUGAUAGAGUUCUCAAAGGAGCAAUUUAAGAGCGGUUUGUUGGAAAAGGCCGAAUUAUCCAGGAAAAACGCCGCUGAGGUUUUCGAUACGUUCAUGAGAAACGGGCCGUUUUCCUCUGAGGUGACGGCCAAAGAAGCCUGGGCCUUUUUGAACGAAAUGAGAAACAAAUUGAACGUGAUGCGAGAACAAGACGAAGAUCUCAGAGACGAUUUGGCCAUAUUCGGUUUGAGUUUUGGUGAUAACAUGGAUUUGUCUAGGUUGGAUGCUGAAUUGACCGCCCUUGAGAUCGUAUGGAAUCUGGUGAACGAUUGGGACGAGUCGUGGAACAGCUGGAAGACUGGCGGAUUCUGGACAAUAGAAACACCCCAAAUGGAAGAUAUCGCUCAAGUUUUGUUUCGGAGAUUGACCAAACUGUCUAGGGAAUUAAAAGAGAAGAACUGGACAGUAAUCGACGAUACCCGUGCCAUUGUGGACUCGUUCAGAAGGACUCUACCGCUGAUUGCCGAUUUGAAAAAUCCCGCGAUGCGACCCAGACAUUGGGAUAGGGUCAGGCAAAUUGUAGAAAUCGAUUUCGACGAAAAUUCUGAAGAUUUUAAUUUGGAAGUGGUGUAUGCCUUGCAACUGCACAAGUUUGCUGAAGAAGUAAAUGAAAUAUCGUAUGCUGCUACCAUGGAGCUGCAAAUUGAGAAAGGUUUAGCUGCCAUCGGUGCCGUAUGGGAGACGAUGAAGUUUGAAAUGACACCAUACAGGGAACGUCAAUUAUAUAGAAUAAAAAGUACGGAAGAGUGUUUCCAAGCUUUGGAAGAGAACAUAAUGGCGUUGUCGAUUAUGAGAAGUACCAGAUUUGUAGAACCCUUUGCUAAAGAAGUUGAUCAAUGGGAGUUGGCUUUGUCCUACAUCAUGGAGACUCUAGAAGCUGGCAUGGCGGUACAAAGAGAAUGGCUAUACUUGGAGAACAUAAUGUACGGAGAAGACAUCCGAAAACAACUACCCAAAGAAACGGAAGAUUUCGAUCAGAUUACAGACAGUUGGAGAGAAAUUUCAACCAGGCUGUACGUGGCAAAAUCAGCUCUGUCUGCCACGCAUUUCAAGCCGCCUCCAUACCUGUUGAAUAAACUGAACAAAAUGUUCGACCAACUGGAUUUGCUGCAAAGAGCUUUGGAGAAAUAUUUGGAAACCAAGAGGCACAUUUUCCCCAGAUUUUAUUUCGUAUCCAACGAUGAUAUAUUGGAGAUUCUCGGUAAUUCCAAGAAACCCGAAUUGGUGCAGCAACAUCUGAAGAAGCUGUUUGAUAAUGUUGUUAAAGUGAAGCUGGAAAGGAAUGUCGGCAUUAAGAAAUCUGAAGCUCUGGGUAUGUACUCAGACGAUGGUGAAUACAUGGAAUUUGUAAGAUUGAUUCUGAUCGAAGGACCAUCCGAGCAAUGGCUGUGUAAAAUCGAAAACGCCAUGAAAUUAAUAUUGAAGACCUCCUUUAAACCGUGCCGGGCCGAAUUGAAGAAAAUGCUGAACAAACGAGAUAAAUGGUUGAUGGCGCAUUGCGGUCAGCUUUGUAACGCUUGUAGUUUGAUGCAAUGGACAUCAGAUUGCACUAGAGCGCUGGUGCAUUCAAAAAUAUUAGAGAGUAAGAAGCCUUUGAAGAAAUUAAGAAGGAAACAAAAUGGUGUUUUGGGAAAACUUUCUGAACUGAGUAGAAAGGAACUGAAUAAACUGUGUAGGCUCAAAACCAAUGCACUUAUUACAAUAGAGAUCCAUUCUAGAGACGUAAUUGAUAGAUUAUAUAGAGCUAACUGCAGAGACACAAAUGCCUUUGAAUGGUUUUCGCAAUUGAGAUUCUAUUGGGACAGAGACAUUGAAGAUUGCGUUAUUAGACAAACCAACACGUAUUUCAAUUACGGUUACGAAUACAAUGGCAAUUCCGGAAGAUUAGUCAUUACACCUUUAACCGAUAGAUGCUAUAUUACAUUGACGACUGCAUUACAUUUGUACCGUGGUGGGAGCCCUAAAGGUCCGGCCGGUACUGGAAAAACUGAGACUGUUAAAGAUCUGGGUAAAGCUAUGGGAAUGUGGGUUAUAGUGAACAACUGCUCUGAAGGUUUGGACUUCAAAAGUAUGGGAAAAUGUUUCUCCGGACUAGCUCAAACCGGGGCUUGGGGUUGUUUUGAUGAGUUUAACAGAAUCAAUAUCGAAGUAUUAUCGGUAGUUGCUCAACAAAUUUUGUGCGUACUAUCUGCCGUUUCGCAAAAAGCAAAGUUUUUUGUAUUCGAAGGUAUAGAAAUUAAAUUGAGACUCACGGUCGGUGUAUUUAUUACAAUGAAUCCGGGUUAUGCUGGACGAACUGAAUUGCCAGAUAAUUUGAAAUCCAUGUUCAGACCAAUUUCGAUGAUGGUGCCUGACAGCGGGAUCAUAGCUGAGAAUAUAUUGUUCAGUGAUGGGUUUACUAAUACCAAGGUUUUGGCUAAAAAGGUUUUCACGCUGUACCGAUUGGCCGUCCAACAGCUCAGUAAACAGGAUCACUACGAUUUUGGUCUCAGAUCGAUGGUGGCUCUUCUGCGAUACGCCGGUAGAAAAAGGCGGAUGAUGCCUAAUUUACCCGAAGAACAAAUGGUUUAUUUGGCUAUGAGAGACAUGAACGUCGCCAGACUCACUUUUGACGAUUUGCCAUUGUUUAACGGCAUCAUGUCUGAUAUUUUCCCCGGAGUUUGUUUGCCUGUCGUCGAUUACAUCGACAUGAAUUUGGCUAUUACCGAGUUUAUGGAAGAAAAUAAUUAUCAGCCAUUUGCAAAAGGAAUGACGAAAAUAAUUCAGCUAUACGAGACGAAAAAUUCCCGCCAUUCGGUGAUGAUCCUCGGCAACACGUGCACAGCCAAAACGGUGACGUGGAAAACUUUGAAAGGCGCGAUGAAAAAGUUGAACGCUCUAAAUAAACCGGGCUAUCAAAACGUGCACAUUUUUCCGUUGAAUCCGAAAGCUCUAAAUUUGGCUGAAUUGUAUGGAGAAUACAACUUGACGACCAACGAAUGGUUGGACGGGGUCAUUAGUGCUGUCAUGAGAAAAACUUGUGCCGAUGAGGCUCCCGAUGAAAAAUGGAUAUUAUUCGAUGGUCCCGUGGACGCUGUCUGGAUAGAAAACAUGAAUAGCGUUAUGGACGACAAUAAAGUUCUAACGUUGAUUAACAGCGAUAGAAUAACGAUGCCUGAACAGGUUUCUUUGCUUUUCGAAGUUGGCGAUUUAGCUGUCGCCUCACCAGCUACUGUCAGCAGAUGUGGUAUGGUGUAUAAUGAUUACAAAGAUAUGGGCUGGGGGCCGUAUGUCACUUCGUGGAUAAAUAGUAAACAGGAAUUUGGCGAACGUUAUACUCAAAGGAUGAACGACUUGUUUCAACUAUAUUUGCCGCCACUUCUAGAAUUUAAACAUUUGAAUUGCGAAGAAAAAGUAGAAUGCUCUGAAUUGAAUUUGGUCAUGUCUUGCUGCAAAUUGUUGAACAUUUAUAUGACCAAAAAAUAUGGUGUUAAUCCAUUGAAUGAAGAGAAAUUCGACGAUGCUUCUAAAAAUUGGUUUCUGUUUUGUCUAAUGUGGUCAGUUUGUUGUACGACAGACGAAGAUGGCAGAAAAAAACUGGACAGCUUCAUUAGAGAAAAGGAAACGGUGUUCCCGGUAAAAGACACGAUUUACGAAUAUUUUGUGGAUCCGCAAACUUACAAUUUUAUGUCUUGGGCUGAAAAGUUACCGUACGGAUGGAAAUACGAAACUGGAUCUCCGUUUUACAAGAUAACGGUACCGACAGUGGAUACGGUGCGAUACGAUUUUCUGGUGAGAGGAUUGCUGAAGAGUGGCGCAGCUGUACUGAUGACAGGCCCAGUUGGUACUGGCAAAACUUCUGUAGCUCAAUCGGCUCUAUUUUCUCUGGACCAGGCUAAAUACGCGCUUCUGCACAUCAACAUGUCGGCUCAAACUUCUUCGAAUAAUUUACAGGAUUCCAUAGAAAGUAGAGUGGAGAAACGGACCAAAGGGCACUUUGCUCCGCCGAGAGGUAAGAAGCUCGUAGCCUUUUUAGACGACAUGAACAUGCCUGCCAAAGAAACGUAUGGUUCUCAACCGCCUUUGGAACUAUUAAGACAGUGGAUGGAUUAUACGUUUUGGUAUGAUCGAUUGAAGCAAACAAAGAAAUACAUCGAGAAUAUGCUGAUAAUGGGCGCUAUGGGUCCACCAGGAGGUGGCCGUAACGUCAUAACCGAACGUCUGCAGAGCUGCUUCAAUCUCAUCAACAUGACUUUCCCAGAAGACGAGACCUUAUCCAGAAUAUUCGGUACCAUGCUCAGCCAGCACGUGCAAGAUUUCGACGAAGUCGCGAAGCUAGUCAGCCGCGAGGUCACCGAAGCUACAAUCGACUUGUACAAGGCCGUCAGCGCCAAGAUGUUACCUACGCCCGCCAAAAUACACUACCUAUUUAACUUGAGGGACAUUUCUAGAGUGUUUCAGGGAAUGUUGAGGAGCCACAAGGACUAUCAGAACGAUAAGGCUUCGAUGCUGAGGCUGUGGGUUCACGAGUCGUUCAGAGUUUUUUCUGACAGAUUAAUCGAUGACUUAGACAGAGAUUGGUUUACUCAUCAAAUAAACGCGCAACUGGUGACGCACUUCGAUUCGCCGCUCAACAGUUUGUACGCCAACAGAGAGGUCUUAAUUUUUGCGGACUUUGUGAAUCCUUGGGGGGUGUACGAAGAGCACUCUGUUCUAGCUGGACUUAAAGCGUUUUUAGAAACGGCUUUGGAUGAAUACAACAAUACUCCCGGUAACGUAACGAUGGAUCUGGUUUUAUUCAAGGACGCCAUCGAUCACAUUUGUAGGAUCGUGAGAGUAAUUUCUCAGCCUAGAGGAAACGUGUUACUUAUUGGAAUAGGCGGUAGCGGUAGACAAUCGCUGAGUAGAUUGGGUUCCUACAUUUGUGAAUAUGGUAAUUUCCAAAUUACGGUUAGCAAAAAUUACAAAGUGACCGAGUUUAAAGAAGAUUUGAAAGUGUUGUACACGCUAGCCGGUGUCAGUUUGAAACCGCAAUCCUUUAUUUUCGUCGAUAAUCAAAUUAUGGACGAAAGCUUUUUGGAAAUCAUCAACAAUAUGCUUAGCAGCGGAGAAAUCGCAAAUUUGUACAAGUCUGAUGAAUUUGAAGACAUUAAAUCAAAAUUGGAGGUUCCUCUAAAGAAGGCGGGUAUAAUCACCACGAACGACGCCGUUUACGAAUUUUUGAUAUCCAGAGUUCGAGCUUCUCUACACAUUGUGCUGUGCAUGAGCCCGAUCGGCGAGGCUUUCAGAAACCGUCUCAGACAGUAUCCGGCUUUGAUUAACUUUACGACCAUCGACUGGUUCAGAGAAUGGCCCAAGCAAGCGUUGCUGGAGGUCGCCAAUAAAUACAUUUCGACGGUUAAUUUCGUCGAAACUAUAACUGGAGAAGAGAGGCCACAAAGGGAUUCUUUGCCGGGAUUGUCGCGAGAACAAAUCCAAAAAAAUACGGCGAUGGUGUUUUCUAUAAUACACGAUUCGGUGGUGCAGUAUUCAAAAAAAAUGUUGAACGAAUUGAAACGUCAUAAUUACGUGACUCCUACGAAUUAUUUGGAAUUGGUUGCUGGUUACAAACAGAUGUUGGCCAAUAAGAGAAACGAGGUGGGCUCGCAGGCGAAUAAGUUGAGGAACGGUUUGUUUAAGAUAGACGAUUGCAAGGAAAAAGUAAAACUUAUGUCAAUCGAACUGGAAGAUGCUCAAGUGCAAGUCGAGGCUUUCCAACAACAAUGUGACGAAUAUUUGGUUGUCAUUAUGGUGCAAAGGAAAGAAGCUGACGAACAACAGAAAGAAGUAGCGAAGGCCAGCAUUAGAAUUGGAGAAGAAGCGAUAGAAUGUAACAAAAUGGCCGAAUUAGCUCAAGCCGAUCUUGAAGCGGCUAUGCCCGCCUUACAGGAGGCUGUCAACGCGCUAGAUUCGCUAAGUAAAAAGGACGUUACCGAAAUGAAAUCUUAUGUAACUCCUCCACAAAAAGUUAAGAUGGUUAUGGAGGCUGUCAAUAUUUUGCUAGGCAUGGAUCCUAGUUGGGAUACAGCUAAAAAAAAUUUGGGCGGCAUGAGUUUCCUGCAAGACCUAAAGGAUUUCGAUAAAAAUAACAUUGAAGAAAAAACUUUGAAAAAAAUCGCCGUGUACACUUCGAACGAGGAAUUCGUCGCCGAAAAGGUUGGACAAGUUUCAGCGGCGGCGAAAUCUUUGUGUUUGUGGGUGAUAGCCAUUGAGAAAUACGCCAGAGUUUGGAAAGUGGUAGGUCCAAAGAAAGCCAAACUGGAGGAAACGCUUAACGAGUUGCAAGACAAGCAAAAUCAACUGUUGAGUGCCCAGCAACAAGUGGCUGAUUUGAACGCGUACGUUCAGAAGCUGCAACAAGAGUAUGAAGACAAGUUGCAACAAAAGGAAGAUCUCAAUCAAAAGGCCAGAAUGUUAGAAUUAAAAUUGGAAAGAGCUGCGACCCUGGUUGAAUGUCUGUCUGGCGAAAGGGAAAGAUGGGGCGAAACUGUAAAAGUUCUUGAUUCGAAUUACGAGUACCUGCCGGGAGAUUGCUUGCUAGCAACGGCUUUCAUUUCUUAUGUGGGGCCGUUUUUGUCUAAUUACAGAGAAGAAUUAUCCGAACUUUGGAAAGAAGAGUGCCUCGAAGCCAACAUUGUAUUUUCCAACGAUUUUAACGUCGUUACAUUCUUGGUGGAUCCAAAUACUGUACGGGAAUGGAACACGCAAGGUUUGCCAGGUGAUAAUUUUAGCACCGAAAAUGGCAUAAUUGUAGCCGUCGGUACUAGAUGGCCUUUGGUCAUUGAUCCCCAAUGCCAAGCGAUGAAAUGGAUCAAAGCUAAAGAAGCUAAGAACAAUCUUCAGGUGAUCGAUUUGAGAACUCCGGCUUACAUGUUGAUAGUCGAGAGGGCCAUCCAAUCGGGCUGGCCGGUCCUCCUUCAAAACAUCGCCGAAUCGAUUGAACCCUCUCUCGAUCCGGUCCUGUCGAAGGCGAUCAUGAAAUCGGGAGGGCAAACGCUGAUCAAACUCGAAGAGAAACUAAUUUCGUACGACGAACGAUUCAAAUUUUUCAUCACGACGAAACUGAACAACCCGCAUUAUCCUCCGGAAAUUUGUACCAAAGCGACUCUGGUGAAUUUCGCGGUAAAAGAAUCCGGUCUCGAAGGACAACUAUUGGGCAUCGUGGUGAGAAAGGAGAAGCCCCAAUUGGAGGAGCAGAAGGACGAUUUGGUUGCUACCAUUUCUAGAGGUAAAAGAACAUUGAUUGAAUUAGAAAACGAAUUACUGAGAUUGUUAAAUGAAAGCGAAGGUUCUCUAUUAGACAGCGUAGAACUGUACGACACAUUACAAGACUCAAAAGCUACUUCGGAAACCGUCAAAAUCAGCUUGGAAAUAGCGGAGAAAACCGAAAUACAAAUCGACUAUGCAAGAGAGGGGUAUCGAUCGUCUGCUACGAGAGCUUCCAUUCUGUUUUUCGUAUUAAACGAUAUGGGCCAAAUCGAUCCGAUGUACCAAUUCGCCCUGGACUCUUACAUCUUGCUAUUUAUUCAAUCGAUUAUUAAAAGUCCAAAAUCCAUAGAUCUGUUGGAGAGGAUAUCCAUGUUGAACGAUUACCAUACAUACGCUGUCUACAAGAACACGUGCAGAGCUUUGUUCGAACAGCACAAGCUGUUAUUCUCUUUCCAUAUGUGCAUGAAGAUUUUGAAAGGACAAGGAAAGAUUCUUCCAGCCGAAUACAAUUUUUUGUUGAAAGGGGGCGUUGUAUUAGACAGAACGUUUCAAAGGGAAAACCCUUGUCCUAAUUGGAUGUCGGAAUUAGCAUGGGACAACAUUACGGAAUUAGAAAAACUUCCUGGUUUCAAAGGUGUUUCGGACACAUUCGAGCAGUACCAAAGAGAUUGGUACAACUGGUACAUUCAUACCGAACCGGAAACGCUACCGUUGAUAGGCGAUUGGGACGCUGUAUGUAACGAAUUUCAAAAAAUGCUCUUCAUACGAUCGCUUCGCCAGGACAGAGUCCAAUUCGCCAUAUCUAGUUUUAUCGUGAAUCAGCUCGGACCGCAAUUUGUGGAACCGCCUGUGCUGGACAUAAGAGCUGUAUUGGAGGAAUCCUUACCCGAGACGCCGUUAAUAUUCGUAUUGUCUCCCGGCGUGGAUCCGACGGCUUCGUUACUGAACCUUGCGGAAAGUACAAAAAUGAUGUCUAGAUUCCAAUCUAUCAGUUUGGGACAGGGUCAAGCGCCUGUCGCUACCAAGUUGAUUCAAAUUGGUUCUAAGGAAGGUCAUUGGAUAUUUUUGGCGAACUGCCACUUGUCUUUGAGUUGGAUGCCGAAAUUGGACAAAAUUAUCGAAUUAUUGCAAGGUGGACACAUACACCCGCUGUUUAGAGUGUGGUUGAGUUCUAGUCCGAAUCCGGAGUUUCCUAUAUCGAUUCUUCAAACUGGAAUAAAGAUGACUACCGAGCCACCCAAAGGUUUGAAAGCAAAUCUGAAGAGAUUAUACCAAUUGAUUACUGAAGAUCAAUUCACGACAUGCCAGUUUCCAGAAAAAUACAAAAAGCUGUUGUUUGCUCUGUGUUUCUUUCAUGCCAUAUUGUUGGAGAGAAAGAAGUUUCAACAGCUUGGUUGGAAUGUGGUGUACAGUUUUAAUGACUCGGAUUUUCAGGUUUCUGAAAACUUGCUCACCAUUUAUCUAAAUGAAUAUCAAGUGACCCCAUGGGACGCUCUAAAAUAUCUCAUAGCCGGAGUUAAUUACGGAGGGCAUGUUACCGAUGAUUGGGACAGGCGUCUACUUCUUACUUAUAUAAAUCAGUAUUUUUGCGAAGAAGCAGUAUACACGCAUCAUUUCAGGUUAUCAUCGUUGGCGACUUAUUACAUACCGAGAGAUGGUUCAAUUCAAUCGUAUCUUGAUUACAUUACGCUUUUGCCCAAUACGGACAGGCCGGAGGCGUUCGGACAGCAUCCGAAUGCCGAUAUUACUUCUUUAAUUAAUGAAUCUCGAAUGCUUUUUCAAACUCUCAUGUCUCUAGAGGUCCAAAGUACAGCAACUGGCGAUCAAACAAAAGAACAACGAGUAGCUGAUUUAGCUAAAGAUAUUCUAGAAAAAGUACCAAGAGUAAUGGAUUAUGAAGGUACAGAAAAGAUGAUGGGUUUCUACAAAUGUCCUUUGGAUGUGAUCCUCUUACAAGAAAUGCAAAGGUACAAUGUCCUUCUAAGUGACAUAGAGACUGGAUUAGUGGAACUUCAAAAAGGAAUUCUCGGUGUGGCCGUCAUGUCUGCGGAACUGGAAGAAAUAUUUGACUGUCUUAAUGACGGAAGGGUUCCUCCGACGUGGUUAAAAGCGUAUUCUUCUCUUAAAUUACUGGGAAGUUGGACGAGAGAUCUCAUUGCCAGAAUUCAACACUUUUCCGAUUGGGCUGCCACGCAUAUACAACCUUUGUUCUUCUGGUUGGCUGCCUACACCUUCCCGACUGGUUUUCUAACAGCCGUUCUACAGACUACUGCUCGAGCUCAAGAAAUUCCAAUAGAUACGCUAGGAUGGGAGUUCACUGUAAUGGCGGGAGAAGAGAAGGAUAUACAAGAGCCUCCCGAGAAUGGUGUUUACAUUAAAGAUACGUAUCUGGAAGGUGCGGGUUGGGAUAGGAAACAUGGCAUGUUAAUAGAACCGCAGCCUAUGCAGCUGGUGUCGCCAAUGCCUUUGAUACACUUUAAGCCUGUCGAACAGCUCAAAAAGAAAACCAAAGGCUUGUAUUCCUGCCCUUGUUAUUACUAUCCAGUAAGAACGGGAUCCCAAUUCAGGCCGUCAUUUGUUGUGGCUGUUGACUUGAAAUCGGGAAAUGAAAGCUCAGAUUUCUGGAUUAAAAGAGGCACGGCACUGGUGUUAAGUUUAGCUAAUUAAAUAUAUUUUGUACAAUUGAAAUG